CAGUUUAAUCAAACAACAAGAAGUGCAAAGGGUCAGGCAGAAAUCAAAGUACAAGGCAGGCUAGGGUCAAAUGAUCAGGCAAAUAGGCUAAACUAGGCAACGCAGAGAAUCAAGGUCAACAGAGUAAACAAAGUCAAUAACCAGAACUGCAAACACAAUAUAAGCCUUGGAAAUAUGACCGAGACUAAGCAACUGCGCAUAAGACUUCACAAAGACAUUGGUUGAAAAUGGUCUCUUUAUACUGUGCCGUGAGAGUGUGAGAUUGGAUGCAGGUGUGCAUGAUUUGAAUGAAUGUGAGUGUUCUGGGAAUUGCAGUCCAUGGUGGCCAUGUUUGUAGGCCGCAGUGCGGGAUGGGAAAUGUAGUCACUGGUUUGCUGUGAUAUGACAAGAGCUCUAAAAAAAUAUUCAUUUUAACUGACAAUAGGCAUCUCCCAAAAAGAUAUAUUUAUGGUCCCACUUGCAUUUGCUGCUGUAAAUUGAAGAUCAUUUGGUACAUCUGACAAUAAUGUAAAUUAAGUAUAUAAUGAAUUCAUGUUAAAUCAACCAUUUGCCUCAUCUUUGUAUGGUACUGUUCAUCCUCUCUACCAGUCCAUUGGUUUGAGGAAGGUAAGGUGAACAAUGGCUCCUUUUAAUUUCUAACUUGGCACAUACAUUCUUGUUUAUCUGCCAUUUAUAAGUAUAAAUAGCAUUCAACAACUAUUUGCACUUAUUGUAAAGAACUGCUACUUUCAUAUAGUGUUAAUAGAAUAUAUCUCUAUCUCUAUCUGAAUUCUUAAUCCAGGCCUGCCCGCAACACACUGUAAAAAUGACGGCACACAGCUGGAAGUCUUGAUGCCAGUAUUUUAUUGUAAAGAGUGUACAUGUAAGUAAAGAGUGUACCUUGUAGCUGGUGCAUAUUUUCCUGCAAAUAAAAAUUAUUUAAACGUCAGUAAUAAUUUAAAUUAAUAAACAAUGAAUUCUCUGGAUUUUAAAUGGCAUCAUUUACUAAAAAGGUGUAGCUGAUUGUUUUGGUUGUGAAUAACAAUAAUUAACAUGUUCUAACCAAAAAAAGUGUCCGUAGUGUAUGAAUGGGUGUGAUUGUGUCCUGCGAUGGAUUGGCACCCCAUCUAGGUUCCCAGUAAGGAUAAUCAGUACAGAAAAUGGAUGAAUGUAUGGAUAUUUUAUCCUUUUUGAGCUACUAAAGCUACUGAAGACAGAAAUGUGAAUAUGUGAAAGUGAAACUAACUUUACCGCAGUCUCUUUCCUAUGUAAGUGCACUACAGAGAGGAUAAAUUACUGCUAGUAUGUUGUACUGUAUGUGAUUAAAUGCAUUAGAGAAUCAUGAAAACAUAAUACUAAUGAAUUCUCAGCAAAAAGAUCCGGCUCAAAGAGUCGACUCAUUCCCGAACAACUCAUCACCUGUAAUGAAUCCUCCUUCCUAAAGUGAAAGUGUUUCUCCCUCAGACUCGACUACAUUUUGUGGAGCGGUUGGAGAAGUUAAAACAAAUCUUUAAGUCAGAAACGAUGUUAUUAAUAUCACACAACAAGGACUGUUGACUGAGGGAGUGUGCUCCAUUCCAGCAGAAGAGAUCAGACUCUUCAGGACUCAACUGUGUGUUUGUGCAAACUUUAAUAAUUUUCAAAGAUGGAGCCUCCUGAUCUGGACACAGAUAAUGUUUCCCCACCUUCAGAAAAAAAACGUAAACUCCAGGGAAAGAGAUCAGAAUCACCAGCACCCAGCUGUAUCUCCAUGAAGAGUGAUUGGUCUAUGAAUAUUCCUCUGGAGUUUAAAGAUGGAGACUCCUCACCUCUACACAGUGUUCCACAGAGAGCAGGAGACAGAAUAGAAAAGAACAUCAUCACAGAUACAGGGCACGAUCCAGAAUCUGCUUCUGUGAAUGAAUUCCAGAAAAAGUUCAAAGUAAACCUGAUGAAGAAGUUUGAGUGUUUGAAUGGAGUGAUAAUAAACCUGGGAAACCAAACACUCCUGAAUGAGAUCUACACAGAGCUCUACAUCACAGAGGGAGACAGUGGAGAAGUCAAUAAAGAACAUGAGGUGAGACAGAUCGAGGCAGCAUCCAGGAGAACAACAGAGGACACACCAAUCAAAUGCAACGACAUCUUUAAGCCCUUAUCUGAACAAGACAAACCCAUCAGAACUGUGCUGACAAAGGGAGUCGCUGGCAUCGGAAAAACAGUCUCUGUGCAGAAGUUCAUUCUGGACUGGGCUGAAGGGAAAGCAAAUCAGGACAUCCACCUCAUAUUUCCACUUCCUUUCAGAGAGCUGAAUUUGAUGAAGGACCAGAAACUGAGUCUGAUGGAGCUCCUUCAUGUCUGCUUUAAUGAAACAAAAGAAACAGAAAUGUCCAGUUUGGAAAAGGUUCUGUUCAUUUUUGACGGAUUGGACGAGUGUCGUUUUCCUCUAGAUUUCCAGAAGACAGUGAGAGUGUGUGAUGUAACUGAAUCAGCAUCAGUGCAUGUGCUGCUGAUAAACCUGAUCAAAGGGAAUCUGCUUCCCUCUGCUCUCAUCUGGAUCACCUCCCGACCAGCAGCAGCUGAUCAAAUCCCCUCUGAGUGUGUCCAUCGAGUCACAGAGGUACGAGGGUUCACUGACCCACAGAAGGAGGAGUACUUCAGGAAGAGGAUCAGUGAUCAGAGCCUGGCCAAUAACAUCAUCACACACCUGAAGUCAUUAAGAAGCCUCUACAUCAUGUGCCACAUCCCAGUCUUCUGCUGGAUUUCAGCCACUGUUCUAGAGAGAAUGUUGGGUGAAGCAGAGAGUGGAGAGAUCCCCAAGACUCUGACUCAAAUGUACACACACUUCCUCAUCAUUCAGACAAACAUCAUAGGAGAAAAGUACUCAAAGAAGCAGGAGAGUGAUGAAGAAAUGCUUCUUAAACUGGGACAACUGGCUUUUCAGCAGCUGAAGAAAGGGAACCUGAUCUUCUAUGAGGAAGACCUGAGAGAGUGUGGCAUUGAUGUGAGAGAAGCAGCAGUGUACUCAGGUGUGUGUACGCAGAUCUUCAGAGAGGAGUUUGGGCUUCACCAGAGUAAAGUGUACUGCUUUGUUCAUCUGAGCAUUCAGGAGCACCUCGCAGCUCUGUAUGUGCACCUGACAUUCAUGAUGAAAAAGAGAAAUGUUCUUAAUCAGAAUCAGGUCUCUAAAUGGUGGAUCUCACAUUUACACUAUAGUGCUGUAGAUCAGGCUUUAGAAAGUCAGACUGGACAUCUGGAUCUUUUCCUUCGCUUUCUUCUGGGUCUCUCACUGAAGUCCAAUCAGAAACUCUUACAGGACUUAGUAACACAGACAGGAAGUAGCUCCCAGAGCAUAGAGAAAACAGUUCAGUACAUUAAGAAGAAGAUCAGUGAUGAAGAUCUUCCUACAGAGAAAUCCAUCAAUCUGUUCCACUGUCUGAAUGAACUGGGUGAUAAUUCUCUAGUGGAGGAAAUCCAACACUACCUGAAAUCUGGAAAACAAAGUGAAUUCUCUUCUUCACAGUGGUCUGCUCUGGUGUUUGUGUUACUGACAUCAGCACAGGAGCUGGAAGAAUUUGACCUGAGUAAAUAUAUCAGUACAGAUAAGAUAACAGAAACUGUUCUUCUGAAGCUGAUGCCUGUGAUUGCAGCCUCCAGAAAAGCAAUUAUCAGGUGUGAUUCACUUGGAGUGAGAAGUUGGUCAGCUCUGGUCUCAGCACUCAGCUCAGAAACCUCCAAUCUGAGAGAACUGCAUCUGACUGUGAAAACACUGGAUCUGACUGGGAAUGAACUAGGAGACUCAGGAGUGAAGAGUCUCUGUGCUGUACUGGAAAAUCCUCACUGUAAAGUGGAGACACUGAGGUUGUAUAAUUGUGGUGUCUCAGAUGAAGGCUGUGCUGCUCUGACUUCAGCUCUGAGAUCAAACCCCUCACACCUGAGAGAACUGGAUCUGUCCUGUAAUAAUGUAGGAGACUCAGGAGUGAAGAGUCUCUCUGCUGUACUGGAGAAUCCUCUCUGUAAACUGGAGACACUGAGGUUGUAUAAUUGUGGCGUCUCAGAUGAAGGCUGUGCUGCUCUGACUUCAGCUCUGAGAUCAAACCCCUCACACCUGAGAGAACUGAAUCUGUCCUAUAAUAACAUAGGAGACUCAGGAGUGAAGAGUCUCUCUGCUGUACUGGAGAAUCCUCUCUGUAAACUGGAGACACUGAGGUUGUGUGAUUGUGGUGUCUCAGAUGAAGGCUGUGCUGCUCUGACUUCAGCUCUGAGAUCAAACCCCUCACACCUGAGACAACUGUAUCUGUCCUAUAAUAAAAUAGGAGACUCAGAAGUGAAGCUGCUCUCUGCUCUUAAGUAUGAUGAACAUUACAAACUACAGACACUGUGGGUGUGAUGAACAUCUGUGUGUGAGAUGAAGACUCCGGUGUUCCUGCAUUUCACUGUUGGGGAAUAGAGAACACAUUUAUAAACACAUCACUCAUUUAUAACACAUUAAACAGACUCAGAGACGUGAGAAGUGUGUGUUUAUCAUGCACAGUGAAUCAUAGUGUACACAAUUCUACAUUGAGUGUAUAAUGACCUCUGACCCCUUGAUAAAAUUCCCCAGAGCUCAAUCUCAUAAAACAUCUGAGACAUUAUUUGGAACAGCAGGUGAAAAAGCACAUGAACUCGAGCUGAACCCAGUCAGUGGAAGAGAGAGCUAAAAUGGACAGGAACAGUUUCAAGACAUUGGUGGAUUUCUCACCUGACAGGAUUGACAUCUGAGGAGUUUAUCUGAUGAAGCCUCUAGGAGACUCACUACAGGUCACAUUUGAUUACUUUGUCCUUUGGUUAAGCAGGUGCAGAUAAUGACUUUUAUUGAAGCAAACGUACUAAGAAACAAAGACACUAAGACAACUUGAAAAAACACUGUAGCAUGAAACAAAACACUGAGACAAACACCACGAGUCUAAGACAACUUGGCAUAAUACUGUGGCAAAACUAAACAAACUAACAAGAUCAAGAAACAUGGAACAUAGCGGUCUAGGACAACGAAAGACAAGCAAACAGUGCAGACAAGGACUACAUACACACAUAUGAGUGCUCAUUAACAAAAUGUGAAUCAGGUGCAGGUGGUCAUGUGACAUCUAGUGCAGUGGCUGAUGGGAAGUGGAGUCCAGAGUUUCUAGAUACGUGACAGAACCCUCCCCCAAGGGCGCUACUCCCGGAGCACCCAAAAAUUAUACGUCCUCCAUCUGGUGGUCCUGGCCCCCUGGAAAAAAUGUCCCCAGCAAAACCAGGAGGCCAGGCGGCUUCCACAAUGGCACAGGGAGGCUGAGAUAUUUCCUCAGCUGAACAUGAAAGCGGGGCGACGUCCCCGGCAGAGCAUGACAACGGGGCGACGUCCCCGGCAGAGCAUGACAACGGGGCGACGUCCCCGGCAGAGCAUGACAACGGGGCGACGUCCCCGGCAGAGCAUGACAACGGGGCGACGUCCCCAGCUGAACUGGAAGGCCAAGCGAAGUCCCCUGUGCGGCCAGGGAGAGGAAGCGUGGGUCUCCGCGCGGCCAGGGAGAGGAAGCGUGGGUCUCCGCGCGGCCAGGGAGAGGAAGCGUGGGUCUCCGCGCGGCCAGGGAGAGGAAGCGUGGGUCUCCGCGCGGCCAGGGAGAGGAAGCGUGGGUCUCCGCGCGGCCAGGGAGAGGAAGCGUGGGUCUCCGCGCGGCCAGGGAGCGGAAGCGUGGGUCUCCGCGCGGCCAGGGAGCGGAAGCGUGGGUCUCCGCGCGGCCAGGGAGCGGAAGCGUGGGUCUCCGCGCGGCCAGGGAGCGGAAGCGUGGGUGUCCUCGAAGCAGAAGGGGGGAACGCUAGUUGCCAUGGAGCGGGGAGGCUGAGCGAC